UUUUUUGCCAGCAGUCAUCAAAACUGGGAAAGAGAAAAGAGAAACAUUUCAGUAUUCGUAUCCGCUCGCAGUCAUCUGUGGUGAACAUUUUUAAAAAGUUUUGAUAUCAAUGAUUUUUUUUUGUUGGUGUCAAUUUAGCAUAAAAUAAUGGAUCCAUUGGAUGAGCAAUUAGCCAAGCUCAGACUCAUAAAUACCUAUCCACUAGCACCAAGGGUGUAUUCCUCCAGCUCAGCUUCACCAAAAAAUUUCAAUGAUGCAUCAUCAGCAGUCACCAAUCCAUCAAACCCAAAUCCAACUGGAAAAUGUUCACUUAACGAUGUAAGCCCCAAAAAAGUUGGACCUGCCGUUCCACCAAAGCCAAACAAAAAAAAUAAUUUCCAGUUUCCUGAGGUACCACAGAGUAUGGUUGUAAAGCAAACAUGUGAACCUUUGUAUUCUAAACGUUUACAGAGUGAUUCUACUGUUGUCAAGAAGAGUUCGUCUUCUUCAAAGCAGCCAGCUAUUGCUGCUGGACCGGCUAUUCUUCCUGUGCUGCAACGCAAACAGCCAAGCUACACCAGUCACCAUAUCUAUAGCAACAACAAAGUUACUUUAGACAAUCCGGACAUACUGGACCAACAACUGGAAGCACUGGAACAUCAUAAAAGGCAACUUCAGAAGAAGGGUCUUUUGCAAAAGAACAAAGUAGUUGUACCAAAGUUGUCUUCGGCAUCGUUCUUGAAUGAUAGUUCGAGCAAUGGUAGCGAUGUAACUUGUGCCAAAUCGUACAUGUAUUCAAAUAUUAAGCCAUCAAGAGGAGGAGGAGGAAUAGGAGGUGGUGAAUUAUGUUCAUCUUCAUCGUCUUCCAUCGAUAUUCGACGAAAAGAAAAUGAUCCUUUGAAUGUUUAUAGUAACAUUAAUCAUAAACAACAAGCACAAGCAUUUGGUGCAGUUGCUGGCAAUGAUAAUUUGACAACAGCUACAAAUAAUUUUAUCUACAGUAAUGUCAAUUUCGAAAAUAAUGUUGAUGACUUACCACCGCCACCACCUCCACCACCUUUAGAAAUUUCAACAGCCCUUAAUAUAACAGAUCCAUUAGAAUAUAACAACCAGUGCAGUGUAACUGAUGAAGACAUUCCACCACCGCCAAGUCCUGUAAGUUCAUCUUACAGUGAGUUACGCCGAGCCACCGACAUCUAUCCUAAAUUGCCAUCCUAUCCCAUGUCGGCAUAUGUAGCUAAUGCUUCAGCAAAAACAAAAGCCGGAGUUGCCGCAAUGAAUAAUCAAGCCACAGCCCAACAUGCCGAGAUGUCUUGUAUUGAACCACAACAAACAUACAUGAAUAUGGCUUAUCAUAACAAUGACUAUAGUGCUUAUGAAAGCCCAAGCUCACAGCGCAGCUUUGGUCAAUCCUCUUCGGAUUAUUAUGGUUAUGGCAGUUCUUCACAGGGCUCUUCUACUUAUGAGUCGAUAUAUGAACCAAUAAACCCACGGCCCCCUAGUCAGCUAUCAUCACGAUCUAACUACUUGCCAUAUACGUCUUAUGUCAAUAGUCCUCAAGUUUCUGAAGUUGAUAGAGCUGCAAUUGGAGUGGAUGGAGUAGAAGGAAAUACUAGCUUGAAUAUCAUUCCUCAUUUAGAAGGGAGCGCAAGUAAUGGCACAAAAUUACAAAGCCACAAAGAAGCUGAAGUUGAAGCCUUAACAGAUCUUUUAGUUCAUUCAAUGGAUGCUGGCAAUGAUGUUGAUAGUUUUGGCAUUUGUGUUGCUUGCAACGAGAGAGUGAUAGGUGAAAAUUCUGGUUGUACAGCUAUGGAUCAGGUUUAUCACAUUGCAUGUUUCACAUGUUCUCAAUGCCAAAUCAAUUUGCAAGGCAAACCAUUUUAUGCGCUUGAUGGCAAGCCUUAUUGUGAAGUUGAUUAUUUAAACACAUUGGAGAAAUGCUCUGUUUGUAUGAAGCCAAUAUUGGAGCGUAUCCUUCGUGCUACUGGCAAACCAUACCAUCCACAGUGUUUUACAUGUGUAGUUUGUGGCAAUAGUUUAGAUGGAAUUCCAUUCACAGUUGAUGCUACCAAUCAAAAUUAUUGCAUUGCUGAUUUUCAUAAGAAAUUUGCACCUCGAUGUUGUGUUUGUAAGCUGCCAAUUAUGCCAGAACAUGGACAAGAAGAAACCGUUCGCGUGGUAGCUUUAGAUAGAAGCUUUCAUUUUGAGUGCUAUAAAUGCGAGGAUUGUGGGUUGCUUCUCUCAUCCGAAGCUGAAGGUCGUGGAUGUUAUCCUCUGGACGAUCAUGUUUUAUGCAAGAGUUGCAAUGCCAAGCGUGUUCAAAUGCUCACCAAUCGAAUGACAACCGAACUCUAGAUUUGAAAGAAAAAUCAACUCUCUUCGUCUUAGCAACUACAUUCGAAUUUUUAUAAAUGAUUACGUUCAUCGGUGAUUUUAUUCUAAAUUAUAAAAAAAAAAACAA